AUGGAGGUGGUCAACGCGACCGUCGGUGCCCUCAACCAGACGCAAACCUACUUCGACGCAUUCCAAGAAGUUUCUCAGUACAAUGUCCACCUCAACUACUUUGAGCGCCUCUGGGCCGCUUGGUACAUGUACAUGCAAAACGACACGCUCGCGACUGGCAUCAUGAGCUUCGUCAUGCACGAGAUUGUCUACUUUGGCCGCUGCAUUCCCUACAUCAUCAUGGACAGGAUCCCCUACUUCGCCAAGUACAAGCUCCAGCCUCAGAAGAUGCCCACACUCAAGGAGCAGUGGGACUGCGCCGCCAUCGUCCUCAUCAGCCACUUCACCGCUGAGCUCCCCCAGAUCUGGUUCUUUCACCCCAUCGCCACCUACCUUGGCAUCGCCUACGACGUCCCCUUCCCCCCUGCCUGGAAGAUGGCCCUCCAGAUCUCGGUCCUCUUCGUCAUGGAGGACGCGUGGCACUACUGGUUCCACCGCGCCCUGCACUACGGCCCGCUCUACAGGGCCAUCCACAAGAUGCACCACACCUACUCAGCUCCCUUUGGCCUUGCUGCCGAGUACGCUUCGCCCAUUGAGACCAUGCUCCUCGGCCUGGGUACCGUCGGAAGCCCCGUAUUACUACUCUUCGUCACUGGUGACAUGCACAUGUUCACCAUGUACGUCUGGAUCGUCCUCCGUCUCGCCCAGGCUAUCGACGCGCACAGCGGCUACGACUUCCCCUGGAGUCUGCGCCACUUCCUGCCCGUCUGGGCCGGCGCCGAGCACCACGAUGUGCACCACGAGAAGUUUAUUGGCAACUACGCCUCCUCUUUCCGCUGGUGGGACUACUGCCUCGACACUGAGGCCGGCGCCGAGGCUCACAAGCGCCGCCGCGAGAAGAAGCUCGCUCAGAUCCGCUCCAAGAAGGCUCAAUAG